GAAGUGCUCCCAAAAGGCAAUUUCAUUUCGACUGAACUAACACCCUCGGUAGGAAAUCACUCAAGGGGCUACUUGUUCCUGAAAGCAGCAGCAGGUUCCUGAUUUGUAAAGCUGCCCAAGGCAAUGACAUAUUUAAACUAAGGUUAACAUAAGGUUAAAACUCUCACCUUGCAGAAAAUUUCCUUCUUAAAAGGCAUCUGAUACAACCAAUUUGAGUCGUGUUCACUUGAGUUGCUGUAAUGAACUGUCAGAAGAACCAACUGGGUCUGUGGUCAGACACAGAUCAGCUGUCUCGGAGCUCCUCUGCUCCCUCACAGCUAUUAAAUACUAAUCAGUGAUGUUUGUAUUUAAUCUUAGCUUUCCUCUGCGCGUCCUGGAGCCCUCAACUCGCUACAUCAGUGGUGGCAGAGCCGAUUCCUCAUCCCAGGAGGCUCUGUCCGAGCUCAGCACCUCACACUGAGUCAUGUCCAAGACCUCCAGCUGCUGAGGGAGCAGAUAGACAAGUCUUAAUUACUGAUUAAGACAAGUCUUAAUUACUGAUUAAUCCAUAGGCAAGAAGCUUUUGGUGAGAAAAGCCUUUUCCAAACUCUGAUGUUUCUGCAAGGGCUCCCAUGUGAAUGUUUCUGUGCGGGUUUCUCUCAAUCCCAUGUCCUCACCGUAGGUUCUUAUGUCUCUCGGACACGGAUUUCGCCUCCCUGACUCAGAGCRUAGCCACGUUUUGGAACCACCAAACUCGUAGUUGGCCCCGGCUCUGAAACACGAGGCUCUUUCACCGUGUGCUGCCGUUCACUUCUUUUUAUUCUGCUUUUUCUUUACAAGCUGAAUCGGAUGCUCAGAAAGUGAGCUCUCUGCAGCUGCAAAGAUGGUAAUAAACGUCUGUCUCCCACAGUUCAAGCCGCGAAUUCACUGCAACAAGAUUUCUGCGGAUGGUUAUGAAGUGGAGAAUCUCAUCUCUGAAGACCUUGCCAGAAGGAACCGUGGCUUCCGCAGCGAGUACUUCAUCAAGCCGCCGGUCCACAUCACCAUCUCUUUUCCCUUCAACAUCGAGAUCUGCAGGAUCAAUAUCGACAUUUCCUCCGGAGGGUACCAAACCUUCACGGGCCUCGAAGUCUGCACCUCUACCUCAAGCAACAAAACGUCCUGGCAGAGCCCCGAGGGCCAGUCCUCGGGCCUGGCCGGUCAGCCCGUGUCGGACAAAGAGGCGUUCACGCUGGUGGACCGAGGCUUCAAGCCGAGGCCUCCCUUCCAUCARAUGGAAAACGUCCUCUCCUAUCCCGGCUCGGCAUCCCAGGACCUGUGGAACAAAGGGCCUGCCUCGCUCAGCAACGUGUCACACUUAAAGAUCUGCAUCACGCACGUGGCCGGCGGCGGGCUGCCCUGCGUGAGGCGGCUGGAGGUGUGGGGCCAGCCGGCCAAGUCGUGCCCGCAGGAGGUGGUCGAGGGCGUCUUCCAGGUGGCCUCCCAGUGCUCGGCCCAGGACGCCGGCGGCCCCAAGCCCGAGCCGUGGGCGCCCAUGGAGAGCGACUGCGCGCCCUUCGGCACCGGCGAGAGCGAGCGGCAGGCCCUGCGCCAGCUCGUCGACGCCGUCCAGGACGUCCCCGAGGAGUUUCUGGACCCCAUCACGCUGGAGAUCAUGACCUUGCCCAUGCUGCUGCCCUCGGGCAAGGUGAUCGACCAGAGCACCUUGGAGAAGUGCAACCGCAGCGAGGCGGCGUGGGGCAGGGUGCCCAGCGACCCGUUCACGGGGGUGGCCUUCAGCCAGCACUCGCAGCCCCUGCCUCACCCCACGCUCAAGGCCCGCAUCGACCAUUUCCUCCUGCAGCACAGCAUCCCCGGCACCAACCUGGUGGGCCGGGCGCGCGCCGCCGAGGCGCUCGCGCCUUCCUCCCUCGCCGGGGCCGCUCUCAAGAGGAAGAUGGACUGCAUGGAUCACAGCCCCGCGCAGCCGCCCCACUUCGCCGCCACAGACUUGCUUGUCGUGUCUACCUCAGAGAACAGUGCUAAAAAAAUGAAAACUGACACUGACUCCCACUUGAUCCAAAUGGACUGUUCAACAGAUCUGGUCUCCCACGAGCAGAGACUCUCGGACAGCCUGGACACGGCCCUGACCUCGGCGCUCAGCUCGAUGCCGUCGUUCACGGCGCGGCUGAUGCGGGGCCAGCAGAGCGAGGGCGGCUGCAGCAGCUCGUGGGGCAGCGUGCCGGAGCACGGGCGGAGCAGCCAGACGCCGGGAUGCGCCUCCUGCGGCAAGACUUUCUCCUCGUACUUCAAAGCGGAGCCCGUGUACCAGCUGCCCUGCGGCCACCUCCUGUGCCGGCCCUGCUUGGCCGAGAAGCAGAAGUCCCUCUCRAUACUGUGUGGGAACUGCAAGAGGUCGGUGGCCACCCACGACGUGCAGAGGGUUCACUUCUAAGCGGGCUCGGCCGCCGGCAGGACGGGAGCA